CUCUCACUUGCGUUUCCAACGUCACUGCUCGCUCGAUGUUGGGCAUACACGCAGCCAAACUACGAGGAUACUUGUAUGACGACUCCGGAAGAUCGCCUGUUGCGGGUAUAAAAGCUGACAACAGCCAGUCGAGGAUGUGACAUGAGACGACCACCGACCGUGUGCAGGAUACUAUUAAUCCACCACGCUCCUCGACGACACCUAUAUCAGACACAUCAGACACUCCCACAGUGGCGGCAUACUACUCCGAGCUGCUCGGCACUCUCGAAAUCAAUCCUGAGACCCACAUCUUUCUCGACAACACCGUGCCUCGUCCCUCAACAGAGAACGAUCUCGAAUCAAGCCGUCCACAUGGCUGAAUCGUCCACAGUUUCGUCGUCGUCGUCGGUCCCUGUCCCACCACCAAUCACCCACAUCUUAGAGACGUGCCUCAUGGUCAACGACAUCAAGGCUUCGACAGAAUUCUACAAAACUACCUUCAACAUUGCCCCUUUCAUGGACACUCCCCGAAUGUCCGGUUUCGCACUGGGCCAGACCACCCUUUUACUCUUCCAGCUGGGCGCCACCGCCGCCGACUCACCUAUGCCAGACGACCGUGGAACCAUACCGGGUCAUGGCCCCUCGCAGGAUAUCCUGGACUUACUCAAGCAACAACCAUCCUCUGCCGAAAAGCCUAGAUCGGGCUUGCAUCAGCAUUUCUGCCUCGCCGUGAAAUCACCAGACGACGUGACUGCUUGGGAGAAGUGGUUUGAAGACAAGAACAUCAAGAUCACGGGCAAGGUCAAUUGGCCGAGAGGUGGGAAGAGCGUGUAUUUCGCUGAUCCCGACGGGAAUGUAGGAGAGGUUGGCAGUCGAGGGAUCUGGGAGCAUUAUUAGAAUACUUGAGCCUCGCACGGAGGAAAGCAAUCGAGCCUGAGAUAACAUCAGAAUUCGUUCUCGGAUGAUGUCCAUAUCUGCCUAGGAACGCCAGCCAUGCAUUCACAAGUAC